AAUGUGCUGUCUUUUGUGUAGCAUCAUACUUUUCCCUGGAGAAAUUACUUAUCUCAUUCACUUUUGUGUGUUUAGCGUGCUAGCACGGCUAUUUUGGAAGGGAGGCACCUCUCAUUGGUUGACUAAAUAGAUGGCAUUCCAUCUCUACCUAAUCCGUGUUGUUGUUGUUUUCCAGGACUCCCUAGCCUGGUUCCAGAUCUGUUUGUGCUAUAAUGUGAAUUCCUUGUCACUCAUUAUCAUGCCACACAUGAGCAUGUUAGGCGUGACAAUGAAACAGACUGGCACCCAGGCUAAGGACUCCCUGGAUAGCAGUGGCAAUUGCUAGUGAGUGGAUUACCUAGGUUAAAUAGAUAAAUGAAUGGUGUAGUGGCCAGCUAGACCUUCCUUGGCUGCACAGAGCACCAAUACGCCCCCCAUUACCGUAUGCAAACCGGCUGCUCCGUCAACCUCAAUUAGCCUAAUCUGCCCUGGACCCCCCUUAAGCUUUGGAGAGUGGCGAGUGGGGACCACCGGUUAACCAUGAACAGGUGGUCAGGAGUUUUUUUUCUUUYAUGUUAUUCUUCUUAAUUAUCUCACCUCUACCUCCUUUUGUCUCUGUUUCUCUCUCUUUCUCACAAACCCCGACCCUCACUCUUCUCUCUCUCUCCUCAGUUCUCUCCUUUCUCUGCAAUCUCUUACCCUCUCAACCAAAAUAUCAACCGCUCCCUUCUCUUUCCUUCUCAAGCUUCUCCCCACCUAACCCCCUUUCUUACCCCUCUCUCUUUCUCUGGGCUCUCUUCCUCCCCCCACUCCUAAAGAGGCAGACCUCUGUUGCUCUCAUUUGUUGACGGGCUUGGUGUGAUGAACGGCUGGUGAAUCCCCUAGAUUUAAUGCGCCCUCUCAGAAACUGGUGUCACGCAUUAGACGAGGGUAGGGUUGUCAACUUGUCCUUGGUCCUGGGGGAGUGCAUUCCUCCCCGCUCUCCUCUCCUUCACUKGAGACCAGCUCGAGUGAAACUUCAGAACAAGUGAAACUUCAGGAGCUGUACAGACUCACCUACUCUUGCCGAGGAUCUCAGCUCAUCCUGAGGCCAUGGGAGUCACCCACGGAAAGAAAAGUGAACACCACCUCCAAAUCUCUCCCACCAGAAGUAGAACACCUCUGAAGGGAACAGCCUCAGCCCACGCUGGCCUGCUGUCGGAACAGGAUGGAGCGCAGGGUCAACGUGCAGAGGACCAAGAGCAGGGGAAGUCAGGUGGAUCACCACCUCAGCCAGAGAGUCAGGAAGAGGAGGGCAGAGAUUUUAUCAUCCAGACCAAGAAGCGCCUCAACCUGGUCAGCGUCUCCAAGAGCCACCAGGAGCUCCACCGGGAGUUAAGGAUGACACACAAGAGAGGUCCCUGUCUGGAGGUGAAGCCGGAGCUCCAGCYUGUUCUGGAACAGAGGAACUGGGAACAGGGGAUGAAACAGAGGAGAGAGGCAGAGGAGGAGAAGAAGAACCGGUCUCCUCUCCAACAGGAACUGCUCAAGAGGCACCAGAGGCUGGGGGAGCUGGAGAGGGAGCUAAAGGCACAGCAGGAGGGCCUGCAGAGUUCCCCAGAGUUCAUCAGAGUUAAAGAGAGCCUGAGACGCACCACCAUACUGGAUGUGGGAGAGAAGGUAGUUUAAAAGGACUGACAGGAAGAUGCGUAACGUAUGGUUAGAGUGAUGUGGGGUUGUUUUAGCAUCUACAUGAGGUAAGGAUAGGAUGGUGGGGAUACAUGACUACAUGGAGGUGAAGGAAGACUGUGUGACAUUGAGCUAUUCGAUUGGGUUGACAGUUGUUGGGAUAGUAUGCUUGGCAUAGUUCAGCUGCGUGGGAGUACAGAUGGAUGCACGCAUGGUGCAGGUUGGUACCUGAACAUGUCCUCGGCCACACGUCUUCUCCGAAAGAGCCUGCUGCCUGAAGGUAACCACCCCUUGUCCAAUUGGCCUUUUGAAGAACAUCUUUAUUUGUUCCAAUUAGGGAUCGACUCCCUGCUAGCCUGGUCCCAGAUCUGUUUGUUGUCUUGCCAACUCAAUAUUAUCUUCCAUGACAACGACCAUAGGAUCUGYCAAUACAGCACAAACAGAUCUGGGACGUGGCUGGCCCCUCCCAUCCUCUGAGAGACUUGUUAGUAAUUUGUCUCUCAUGCCAACCACCUCUGACAUAGAGAGAGCACCCCUUUAACCAGGGAUCUUACUGAGUUACAUACAAUGAGUGAAUGUAACAUUUUUAAUUUCAUGCCUAUAUAGUGUUCACAUUGUGAUUGUAUUCGUGGAAUAUGUUGAUGUACUGUAUCAGUAGAUGUAUUUGUAAAAUAAUAUUACAUUUCCUAUUUGUUUWUAAGUUUACAGUAUUUUUUACCUGUCGUAAAUGUUCAGAGUCAUUUUAUAUUAUUAGCAGUUUAACAAGUGGUCUAAGACUGUUAUUUCUUAAAUAAUGGUUCCGUCCUGUCUUUCCCUGAGCCUCUCACGCACACAUUCUSUAUGCAAAUCAACAGAACAUACAUAAUUCAKCUAGUGACAACAGUGAAUAAUAAUGUUUAACACUUUGGAUGACAGUGUCCUUGGAAACGUUUACUUUGRCAUAAAUAAAAAGGACAUUAAACAUUAAUAAAGUGCAUUUUAUAUUUUAUCUGGACACAAGCGUAAGACAGCGUCCUGUGU